AAAUGGGAUGGUUUACAGGGGUUUUUAGCAAUCGAAGAGAGAGAAUGAAUUUGAGCGUUUCUUGGAAGGAAUUGAGGGGUUGAUGCAGCGAAUUUGGAGUCCAAAUCGCAGUUGGACCUCUCGCUAAUCCUCCGAUCUCGCCUCUGCUUGAUUUGGGACAAAAUUUAGUGGAAUCGCUAUAUUUUCUCGGCGAUCUUAUCGGAGCUCGUGAUCCUUAAGCUGAAAGCCAACCGCAUCGUCUUCCGAGAGACUGAGGAAACAAUGGUGCUUCUCUUUUGAAAUUGCUGUCUGGAAUUGUGCUGAAUCUUUGGAGUAUGGUAUUUCAGAGCAGGAUGGAUUGUAGAUCCAGUGGUUAUCAGGCCCCAGUGGUCCCACAUUGUCCCAGAUCAGCCAGGGGAAAGCGCUCCGCGAGAAAGAAGGCUGGUAAUCACCAGAUGAGUGCAAUUGAUUUGCUUGCCAAUCUAGCAAGCAAAUUGUUGUCAGAAAGGGAAAACUUACCGAGACCUUGUUUCAAUGACCGUGCAUCUUCCCCUGUUGGUGUAGAUAUGACUGUUGAGCUAGAGAGAAUUGGUAGACAGAAGUCCUUAAAAUCCGAAGCUUAUGAUCAGCUAAGUUGUAACGAAGAUGAACAUUGUCCUGAAAAUUUUAAUAAAAGGAAGAAGACAAAUGACUUGAGCAAUCACUCAAAGGCCUUACAAGCCACACCGCUAGGACCUGCUGCUCUCUUUGCAAAGUCUGAAAUAUUAUGUGAGGAUGCUAUUAGUGAAGAGUCCAAGUUCGUUGGUGAGAAUUGCAAAAUUGUGCAUGGUUUUGAUGCUAUACAAAAAUGUGGCACAAAGAUGCUUGAUUCUACUACCGUAGAAUCACAUGAGCUUAAUGCAAUCAGGAGCAGGACACCAUUCCAAGCUGAAGAAAAAAUGGAAAGAGAUUUGCACAUGAGUUGUGCAAUCAAUUCAAUUAAUUUGAAUGGGAACAAUGCUGUUUUAGUUAGCUCUGAUAACAGUUCUGAAGUUCCCUUUGGCAAGGACAAAAUUCACCAUAAGGUCUGCUUUUCCAAGCAAGAAGAUGAUAUGAGACCCUCUCCAGAUAAAGAUUCAGAAAAUUCAUCUGAAUGCACUCCAUCUGUUAUUACAAAUGUAGGAGGCAAGACUGAUUUACCAGGAAAAAGAAUGGACUAUACACGUCAAAGAACACAGAUGUGUUCCUUUGUGAAAAGAAAAUUCUUUGAGUACUAUUCAGCUUCCACUUCUGAUGGAGGGAUUUUUUGUGAAGCAAAUGAUACCUGGUCCUCAACAAAAGCAAUAAAAUCAUGCAAUAGCUCUCCAAACUACCAUGGAGCAAAUGAUGCGUGGUCUUCAACAAAAGUAAUAAAAUCGCGCAAUAGUUCUCCAGAUUACCAUGUUAAACUUAGGAUCAAGUCUUUUGAGGUGCCAGAACUUGUUGUAGAGAUCCCUGAAACAACUACAGUUGGCUCCUUAAAGAGGACAGUUCUUGAGGCUGUAAAUACUAUUCUAGGAGGUGGGUUGCAGCUCGGUGUUCUUCUUCAAGGAAAGAGGGUUACAGAUGACAGUAAGACCUUGCACCAGGUUGGGAUUUCCCAUAGUGAUAAAUUGGAUGGUUUAUGCUUUACAUUGGAGCCAAAUACUAAACAUGUUCCGGAGAAACUGACAUGCCCCAGAGACCCUCAUCUACUAAGUCUCGGCUGUGCAACUGGUUCACCGGAUGGAUCCCCACCUGCAGCACCCUCUGCUACAGACCAGUUGGGAUCUGAUGCCACUCAAAAAUGUGUAAAGAGCUUUCGUGAGAAUGACCAUGAUUCAGUUCUGUCAUCAACAAAUGCAUCAUCACCUGAAAAUCAGAUUUCUAGUUCACUAGUUCUGGUAGCUGCACCACCACCACCUGUAAAUGCAGAAGCAUUGGCCAUGGUUCCUCACCGCAGCAAGCCCAAGAGCAAGUCAUGUCAAGUUGCUCAACGUCGUGUGCGGAGACCAUUCUCUGUUGCCGAAGUAGAAGCCCUGGUUCAGGCAGUGGAAAAGCUUGGGACAGGAAGGUGGAGAGAUGUCAAACUUUGUUCCUUCGAGAACGAAAAGCACCGGACAUACGUGGAUCUAAAGGAUAAAUGGAAGACAUUGGUACACACAGCCAGGAUUUCUCCUCAGCAAAGAAGAGGAGAACCUGUUCCUCAAGGCCUUUUAGACAGGGUUCUCUUAGCCCACGCCUACUGGUCUCAGCAACAAUCCAAGCUGCAGGUGAAAUCCCUUCAUGCAACUGAGACUCUAUUGCUCCUCCCUUAAGAGUCUCAACCAAAGAGAAUAGAAGCCAUUUCUUUCUUGUAGAUAAGAAAAAAAAACGUCGAUAGAUGAAUCUGUUUAACCUUUCACUUGUUACACACUUACACACCAUCAUUCUUUCACCACUAUGGCAUCGGGAGGUUCCAUAGGAAUAAGAAGAUAAACAAUGGUUUAUCUUCUUCCUGGCGUCUACAUCAUAAUUGAGGGAAAGCAAUGAGGUCGCUGUCACUUACUAAUUAAACAGUAAGCUCUUAUUCCUUUAACUCAUUCUUGUCCAUGGAGUAUAAUGUUGUGUCGGGGAAGGAAAUGCUAAGUCGUGCACACCUCUUCAAUUAGUUGUCCAACUUACCAUUCUUUCAAUGCUGUAUUGUUUACUAAAUCCCUUUUUCCUUCAAUUUGUAUCAUUUAUUUCAUGUAACAAUGAUUCAUUUAUAGCACAUUCAUUUCAUGUAAUAUGUGACUCUUGGAAUUCAAUAUGAGCUGAAGU